AUGUAUUCGGGCGCGAUUAAGACCCGAGUAUCUUCCGAACCUAAUCCGACAAACACCACGGCCUGGCGCCUUCGGCCUACGCGAAUUCGCACGGAAUCUCCGCUAGGCGGCCGUUACCGACCGUUACUAACCAAGAUGUCAGACACUGACGGCUCUAUCGCUUGCCCUAGUCCACGUAAGGGCCAUCCUACUUACGUUAGAAAGGGCAUUCCGCCUUACGCUAGAAAGGGCAUUCCGACCUACGUAAGAAAGGGUCUUAUAACGUACGCUGGAAAGGGCCUCAUGUCUAGCGGCACCCUGCCAAAUAAAAGCGAUGAGGAGGGUAACACCUCUAAUCUUAUACGCGUACCUAUUCCGCGUAACGGGAAGGUAAACCCUAACACUCCUAAAAUGAGCAAGAAUCCUAAACGUUACGGGUAUUACUAA